AAAAUCAAACCAAAACAAAAAAGGAAAAAUAAAUCAAAUAUUUGGAGGCUGAGUAUUAAAAUGGGAGCAUUCAACCACCCUCUGCACACUUGUCCAUCGCCCAGCCCCUACUUCUCUCUCCAUUUCAUCACCUGCCGAUGCAGUGCUGGAAAUGGGGAAAGUUGAUGAUCGGCAAUUGCCAGUGGCGCAGCACCAACAGUCGCCGCCUCCUCUCCGGCGGAGAUGCAGGCUCAUCAACUUCAAAUGCGCCGUCGUUUUCACGCUGACCGUCGCCGCUUUUGUUUCUGCUUUAUUUUGCGCUCUUCCUUCCCGCCACAGGCAAGCUGGCUUUGAUGCUACGGAAUCGAUCAAGCUCACUGCCACUGUUCAAGCAUACUUCAGACUUCACAAACCAGUUUCGAAGCUCAUUCAACAGAUAGCAAGAUUAGAAUAUGAUCUUAAUGAAGAGAUAGGUGUUCCUUCCUCGAAGGUUGCUAUCCUAUCCAUGCACCAAGAUGGCAAAUCUAACUGGUCCGAUGUGGUGUUUGGCUUCCUUCCUGAUCCAAUUGAUAUUAGUACGAAUCCAGUGUUCUUAAGUCUGCUGAGAUCCUCCUUAACUGAUCUUUUUUUUCAGCAAUGUAAUUUGACUUUGAAUUACUCACUGUUUGGAGACCCCUCCUCUUUCGAGAUUCUUAAAUUUCCUGGUGGAAUCACCAUGAUACCCGAACGACCUGCUUUCCUCAUGCAUGUACCAGAGGCACUCUUUUGUUUCAGUCUCGACAGCUCAAUUCAUGACAUAAAGGAAAAUAUUCUUGAGCUGAAAGAACAACUAAACUCGGGGUUGCAUUUAUUGCCCAAUGAGGUGGUGUACAUACAGGUCACAAGCGAUCAUGGGACGACAAAAGAUCCCCCAGUUACGGUUAAAGCUUCUGUUUUAUCUGGGGUAGGAGCCCUACCGCAAGAGAGAUUAAAAGAAUUAGCUCAUAUAAUCACUGGUCCUGCAGAAAAUCUUGGCCUCAAUCACUCUGUGUUUGGGGAAGUUAAAGAAAUCAGCUUGUCUUCGUUUCUAAAUCUUUCACUUCGCGCACAAACUCCAAUACCUUCUCCUUCUCCAGCACCAUCUCGGGGACAACUAUAUGGUACUGGUUCUUCUCCUACAUCUUCUCCACCCGACGUGCGUCGUUCUAUACCACCUUGUUCAAACUGUUAUGCCUCCACCCCAACCGCUGCAAGUGAUUUUAUUCCGCCCACUCCACACAGUUUACCUAUAGCUGAUUCACCUGAAUCCUCAGAAAUUAAUGGCAGUCCACAUUGUGGGUCUCCUGAUCCAUCGGUUUCUCCUUCAGCUACUUAUUUUAAUCAAGUAUCUCCCAGCGCAUCGCCCAGUGUCCGCUCUGGCCCCGACAGCCGGUGCAAAGGAAUGUGAAAGAAUGAGUGUCUCCUCCAGUGCAUGUUUUAUCAUAUUCUUCAUCAUCCUGGUCAUGUAAGUUGAUGCUUUAAAAUUUUAUUUUUUUAAUCUUUUGUGCUUAUAAUUUUUCUCUUGAUAGGCCUAUAAUCUUGAAUUCUUAGAGGGAACUUAAAGCUCAACUUGCGCAUCUUAACUUCUUAAAAGAUUAGGGUACUAACAGAUUAUGCAUUUCUGCUACAGGCGCUUUAACAAUUGGAUGGAACUUGUUAAUUGCUCAUCACCGGAUCCUAGUUGUCGUUUGCAUGAGACGUGAAGGGAGUUGGGAGCAUUACAGUUUUUGUUGUGGAGACGAAGGAAUUGUACAUAGGCGCAGGAGAAGAGUUGAUGGGUCGAAGCCAAAAGGUGGCAGGCCUCGUUUACACUAACAUCGGAAGACUGAAGAUUCUGCCUUGCAGAGUUGCUCAAGGAACAAACUAUAAGAUGCACGCCUUCUUUCUCAACUUCUGCAACACCGGAGAAGCCUUGUAUAUAUACAUGUGCUUACUUUUACCUUAUAUUAAUCUGAAAAAGUUGUUACUACCUCCCUCCACCAAAAGUAUACAACUUUUGAUGGACACAGCUUUUAAAAGAAUAGUAGGUAGAUGUGUGUUAAAUAGAAAUGAGUGAUUGUGAUUGUGAUUGUGGUUGAAUUGAGUGCAAGGUCGUAUAAAAAUGAGUUGUUAUAGUUACAAAGAGAAAGUUCAGUUAUAUUCAAAAA